AAAAUUCUAUAUAUAAAGACUAUAAUAGUACAUACAAAUGAUUAUUAAUACACAAACAUGGCAAAAGUGACUGAAGUUAGAACUGAUUCAACUGAUUACAGAACGGAGCUUCUUUCUCCAAAUAUUGCUUCAGAGAAUGUCUCUAUGGCUAGACAACCUUCAUGGAGGAUCAGCAUGGAUGAUCAUCGAAUGCCGGAGAGACAAAUGGAGUCUCAUUUUGGAUUUGGAUUAUUCCUAAGAACAAUGAAAAGACAAAGGAGACUUGCUAACUAUUAUAAGAAGCAGGAAGUGCUUCUUAAAGGGUUCCAAGAAGUGGACUCAUAUCUUGAUUUGGGGACAUUACCUGGAAACUUAACCGAGGAUGAGAUGAAGAAACUUGAAAGGAAUGAGAAGGUGGCAAUUUAUUUAUCUAACAUAGGGAACAUGAUCUUAUUUGUAGCAAAAGUUUAUGCAUCCAUUCAGAGUAGAUCUCUGGCUGUGAUUGCAUCAACUUUGGACUCAUUAUUGGAUCUUUUGUCUGGAUUUAUACUUUGGUUUACUUCAUACACUAUGAGCAAACCAAACUAUGAUAAAUACCCUAUUGGCAAGAACAGAAUGCAACCUGUGGGGAUCGUUGUAUUUGCGUCUGUCAUGGCAACUCUCGGAUUGCAAAUAUUAUUUGAAUCAAUGAGGGAGAUCAUCGUAAAGGCUCAACCCGAUAGGAAUCCUACGAAAGAGAAGUGGAUGAUAGCAAUUAUGGUGACAGCCACGUUUGUAAAACUCGGGCUCAUGAUAUAUUGUCGCAGGUUCAAAAAUGAAAUAGUUAGAGCCUAUGCUCAAGACCAUUUCUUUGAUGUCAUUACAAACUCAAUUGGUUUAGCCACAGCAGUGCUAGCCAUCAAAUUCUACUGGUGGCUUGAUCCUCUUGGAGCUGUCUUGAUAGCUUUAUAUACAAUAAGCAAUUGGGCGAAAACGGUGAUGGAGAAUGUAUGGUCAUUGAUUGGAAAAACUGCUCCACCAGAGUACCUUGCAAAGAUAACAUAUCUAUGUUGGAACCAUGACAAGGAGAUCAAGCACAUUGAUACAUUGAGAGCCUACACAUUUGGGUCAAAUUACUUUGUGGAGGUAGACAUAGUUGUGUCACAAGAAAUGUCACUUAGUCAAGCACAUGACAUUGGAGAGACACUUCAAGAUAAGCUUGAAAUGUUACCUGAAAUUGAAAGAGCCUUUGUUCAUGUUGAUUUGAAUACUACUCAUAAACUUGAACACAAACAACUCAAGGUGGCAUAGGAAAAUUCUUCAAUGUUAUUUAAGACUUAUAUAAGUUUGAUUAGUGAUU